AUGGUACAACAAGCAGUUCAGCAACUUACAUCUGGUGGAUAUGGAUAUGGAGCAGGUGCUGCCGCAGGAGCUGGAGCAGGGGCAGCUGCUGGAGCUGGUUCAUAUAGUGGUUCAAUUAAUCGCUUGUCUAGCGCUGAAGCCGUGAACAGAGUGUCUUCUAAUGUUGGAGCUUUCGUCUCUGGAGGUGCAUCCGCCCUUCCUGGCGUAAUUUCAAACAUUUUCUCUGGAGUGAGUGCAUCGGCUGGCUCCUACGAAGAAGCAGUUAUUCAAUCUCUAUUGGAAGUAGUUUCUGUUCUGCUGCAUAUAUUAAGCAAUUCUUCCAUCGGGUAUGUUGGGCCAGAAGGAUUAGAAGACUCAUUGGCAGUUGUUCAGCAAGCCGUAGGACCUGUAGUCUGUUAA